CGGCGGAAGUGAGUUGUGACCCGGUUAGUUAAUCCCGGAAGACUGGUGGGAGCGACGAUGCUGCGCUAAUUCGGCUAGGUGGAGUGCCCUGUCUCACUACAGGAAUGCCCGGUCGAGACCAUGAGGAGCUUUGGGGGAGCCUUCCCGCCAUCGCCUCCUUGAAUGCAUCCUACUCGACCUCACUAUCCUUCACCUCCCCAAACAUGCUCCUACCACCUGGGAAGCGCAAGGCCAUCUCUGACGUCCGCCGCACCUUCUGUCUUUUUGUCACGUUUGAUCUACUCUUCAUUUCCCUCCUCUGGAUUAUUGAGCUGAAUAUCUCGAUCUCCAGCACUAUCUGGGAGAACCUGAAGACGGAGGUCGUCCAUUACAACUUCAGGUCUUCCUUUUUUGACAUCUUUCUCCUUGCGGUGUUCCGUUUUCUGUGUCUGCAAGUGGGUUAUGCUGCGCUGCGUCUGAGGCAUCGGUGGGUUAUUGCGAUCACCACACUAGUCAGCAGUGUCUUCCUUGUCAUCAAGGUCAUCCUGUCCAAUCUGCUGUCCCAGAAUGCCUUUGUCUACGUGCUGCCCAUCACCUCAUUUGUGGUGGCAUGGCUGGAGACCUGGUUCCUUGACUUUAAGGUGCUCUCCCAGGAGGCUGACGAUGAGAGAGCCUUUCUAGCAGCUGUGAACGCAGCAUGUGAGCGUGCACCCAUGAUCUACCCCAGUGCUGUGUCGGACGGACAGUUCUACUCCCCCCCUGAAUCCUUGGAAGGCUCAGAAGAGGAUCCUGAUGAAGAGGGUCUUGGCCGCAGAGCAGUCACUGCACAGGAGAAGGAAUAUGUGAGGCAGGGUCGCGAGGCAAUGUCCGUGGUGGAACAAAUUCUGGCCCAGGAGGAAAACUGGAAGUUUGAAAAGCAUAAUGACGUAGGAGACUCUGUGUACACUUUGGAAAUUCCGUUCCAUGGAAAGACCUUCAUUCUUAAGGCCUUCCUGCAUAGUCCUGCUGAGCUAGUCUAUCAGGAAGUCAUUUUGCAACCAGAGAAGAUGGUCCAGUGGAACAAAACCGUGUCUGCUUGCCAGAUCCUGCAGAGGAUUGACGACAACACUAUGGUAUCCUACGAUGUCUCUUCUGGGGCAGCAGGAGGAGUUGUGUCUGCCAGGGACUUUGUUAACGUGCGGCGAGUGGAGCGUAAGCGAGACCGCUACCUCUCUGCAGGCAUGGCCACGGAGCAUGAUGCCAAGCCUCCGCACAGUCGCUAUGUCAGGGGAGAGAAUGGGCCAGGAGGAUUUGUGGUGCUCAAAUCCAGCAGUAACCCAUCUGUGUGCACCUUCAUCUGGGUGCUCAAUACAGACCUAAAGGGUCGACUACCCCGCUACCUCAUCCACCAGAGUCUGUCUGCCACCAUGUUUGAAUUCAUGUCCCAUCUACGCCAGCGCAUCACUGAACUGCAGCCCUCUCUCCGCUAAGGGACACACAUCCAGGGCUAUGGUGUGCAGGGGAGAUGCCUGCUAGCUACAGUGCCAUAACAGGUUAGGAGGUGUCCCUGCAUAUUUUUAUGACCCCCUCCCCAACACACACCCGCACACACACAUUAACUGACACACACACACACACACACACACACACACACACACACACAUUGACUGACACACACACCACCACCUCCAGCCCCUGCCCAAAAAGUAUGGAUAGCGUUGUCCGUGUGAGGCACAUGCGCUGGAGGGGUAUGUUAAUUGAGAGAGACUUGUGACUGCCCGUUCACUACCACUCAUCUGAGGAGAAGAAGAGGAGUGCGAUUAUCAGAGAGGUUAUGCCUUGUUAUUCCUGGACAUCCAUGUUUCUUGUAAGUCACGGUCACAUCUGUAUUUAUAUAAAGACCUAUAUAGCCUACAUUGCUCCCCCUGCUUCACUGUGUAAAGAGUGCUGUUUUCACAACCUACCGAGGUGUCUGGAACCAAAAUUGACUGUAUUGACGCAAGAGGACUUAGUGAAACUCGUUCUCAAUGUGGGGGCUCUUCUUUCUAAAGAACCUCUAAAAACUGAAGGUAUGCUGCGAAAAGCGGCCUCGUCUCACUGAGCCUUAUCCUGCUGUGCUUUGUGUUAGCCAUUUAUUGGCUGCUAUUGUUUAGUUUUUUGUUUGUUUGUUUAUUUUGUCGUCUUAUCUGUGGUCCUCUGGUGCACCCGUCUAAAACAUCCACACAUCACUGCCACGUUAUCAACACACACUUUAAGUGGACUUCUAGAUGAUUCGGUUAAUUGGGGGAAUCAAGUUGCACAGUACCCUCGUCACCACUAGAGGGAGACACCACUGAUCAACCCAAACGUGAAUAGUGAGAGAUGAGCUCCUCUGGGUUUGCGUUACCUGUCUCAGAAAGCUGUUUGGUAAUGCUGGCGCACGUGUGAUGAAGUGCUUUCACAGGCUGAUGUGAAAGCAGCGGUCUGCCAGUUUCAUGUCACAUCAUCGAGAGCAGUCUAAAAAGAUGAUGGUAAUUAUAGCAAUUCAUCUGGAGCUGAAUUCUUACUCAAGCAAACACAUUUGUGCCAUCAACCUCAAGUGGCCUUCAGGCAAAAGAGAAACAUAAGUGGCUGUUGAAUUUUUUUUUUUAAGUGUACUGAAGCAUUUACCACUGACUUUUUGGCAGGUGUCCUCACAGAUUUUAAAAUGUGGAAGUUUUUUUUUCGACAGGUCUGAUAUUAUGGAGCAUCUGGAAGUUAUGUAUAAUCAGUGACAUGGAGUUCACUUGGCACGCAUAGAUUUUUACUUGUGUUCUGAAACAAACAGCUCGAUGUUAUUUACCUCCCAGGUCACACUUUGCCUGUCGAUGUGUACACACGUUGCAUAAAAGGCUGGUAUUCUAUAUUUGUGCCUUUCAGUCCCCCCAAAAACAAGGCACAACAUAGACUUUGUUCAGUUGUUUGCUCUCACAAGGACCAUAUUUAUCAGAGCCAGGCAGACAAAAAGCAUAAUUUUUCAACAUGUUGGCUGGGCUUGAAGGCAUAUUUGGUUUUGCAGUCGUUUCUUUCGGAAGAAAUCUGAAUUUAUCUGUCACAGUUGACUCCUGGUCAAACGGUUAGAAGAAGCAGUUAUAUGUAUAUAUAAGUUGUCAUUAAACUGUUUUACAUGUUGUACUGUACUGAGUGACACCUGUCAUUCAAUAUAUGGACACUGGGUGCCUUAAAUCGCAGAAACUAAAGCCAUCAGCCUUUUAAUUUUUUCAUUAGCCUUUUCAUCCCAGCUUAUUUAAAGCAAAAAAUAUGCCCUAUAAGGUAUAAGUGAAGCCUGCCCAAGUUUUUUCUUUUUACUGAUCCAGUAAUAUUUGAAUUUAUGUGUAUUAUAAUUACAGAUCAUCCAUGACAUAUGCUAAUUUAAAGCCAUUACAUGAAUACUGACCAACACAACUGUUGUAUGUUUUUUAUGGAAUUUUAACCAAACUUCAGUCUCUAAUAAAAUGUUUGU